UGAGGCUCACCUGGGUAUAUAUGGACUUAAACCCGCAACUUCGUUGCUUUUUCCGAGAUAUCUCUCCGCUACACAGAUUUCAAGACGACGUCCAUAAUGAAAAAGUUAUUGUUUUCUCUACUUUCGUUCCUGGCGUUUCUAGCAUACGGAACAGCUGUGUCUCCAAGGUUGGUCUGCUACUUUAGCAAUUGGGCUAUCCACCGUCCGGGUGUAGGUAGUUAUGGCAUCGAUGAUAUUCCUACUGGUAUGUGCACUCACGUCAUUUACUCCUUCAUCGGCGUGAGUAACGUCACCUGGGGAGUUCUCGUUCUCGAUGAGGAACUCGAUGUUGAAAAAUGUGGCUUCAGUAAGUUCGUUGCUCUGAAGAAGAAGCAGCCCUCUCUGAAGACCCAGGUCGCGAUUGGUGGCUGGGGCGAGGGUGGUAAAAAAUAUAGCCAAAUGGUUAGCGACAAAUCCAAACGUGAUUCAUUAAUCAGCAGCGCCGUUGAAUUCAUGCACAAGUAUAAGUUUGAUGGUUUGGAUCUUGAUUGGGAAUAUCCGGCUGCUACUGAUAGAGGUGGUAGUUUCAACGACAAGAACAACUUUUUCUACUUCGUUCAAGAACUGAGAACCGCAUUUGACAAAGCUGGCAAAGGCUGGGAAAUCACGAUGGCAGUGCCGGUACCCAUGUUCCGACUCAACGAGGGGUACCAUGUGCCAGAAUUAUGCACAUUUGUCGAUGCCGUCCACGUUAUGACUUAUGAUCUCCGUGGCAAUUGGGGCGGAUUCGCUGAUGUUCAUAGCCCACUCUACAGGAGGCCUCAUGAUCAAUACGCCUACGAGAAACUGAACGUGCACGAUGGUCUUCAAAUCUGGGAGGAAAAAGGCUGUCCCGCCAACAAACUUGUCGUAGGAAUCCCGUUGUAUGGACGUAGCUUCACUCUCAGCCAAGGCAACAACAACUUCAAACCUGGUACUUACAUCAACAAGGAAGCCGGUGGCGGCGAACCCGGCAAUUACACUGGGGCUCAAGGAUUCAUAUCCUAUUACGAGAUCUGUAUGGAACUUCAACAACCGAAUCAAAACGGAUGGACUAAGGACUACGAUGACGUGGGUAAAGUACCUUAUAUGUACAAAGCAGGAGGAAAAAGUCCCCAAUGGAUUGGCUACGAGGAUGCGGACAGUAUUGUUCAUAAGAUGAAUUUCAUCAAGGAGAAGAAAUACCUCGGUGCCAUGGUCUGGGCUUGCGACAUGGACGACUUUAAAGGACUCUGCGGUCCUUCGAAUCCUCUCAUAAACACAAUCUUCAACAAUCUUAAGGGCUACACAGUAACACCCAAAGCUUACAACACAACUCCUAGGCCCGAAUGGGACAGGCCACCUAGUACCCCAUCUUCGAUUGAGGAUAAACCGAAACCCCCCCCGAAUCCCGAACCCACCUCGAAACCCGACGUAACAACCAAAGUACCUCGUCCUACGCAGUCUACGUCAAGGCCCGACGAUAAAAACGAAAUUGUUUGCAACGACCAGACAAUGAUGAUCCCUAGCAAAGACUGUUCUGAGUACUUUGUCUGCGUCCAUGGUAAACCGAUGAAAUCACACUGUCCGAAUGGUUUGAUUUUCCAUACCAUUAAUCUCGUUUGUGACUGGCCAGCCAAUGCUGAUCGCAAAGAAUGUAAAAAGAUCUAAUCCGUCGGGGUCUUGGUUCUACUAAUGUCAAUUGCCCAGCGUUUUGUCGAUUCCAUCUCUCAAGUCUACGAGGGAAUUUAUUACGGUUUCAUAUGAGAUUUCAUAUGAGAAUAUUCGUUACGUGUUACUAUUUGUUGUUGUGUGUGAGAGUGUGUGCGAUGCUAAUAUUACUGUAAUAAAUCAUA